AUGGAUGGUCUUCAAGCCAGAUUCAAAUAUUAUGUUUCUCAAGCUGAUAAAGAAUUAUCAAAUUACCCGAAAAUAGUUAAGUUGGAACAACAAACUGGAAUCCAAAAAACUUAUCUUGCAGCUAGUGUUGUUGGUACAAUCUUUGUCUUGAUCUUUUUCAAUAUAUGGGGAUCAUUGUUAUCCAACCUUAUUGGCUGGCUUUAUCCAGCCAUUGAAAGUACUGACAAAGCUGAUGAUACUCAAUGGUUAACAUAUUGGCUUUUCCUUCCAACUUUUAAUGGAGCCAAGGUUGUUUAUGCGAAAGGAAUUAGACCAUUUCUUUUGGAGUAUGAAUACGAUGUUGACAAAAACAUUAGUAAAUUGAAUAAGAAAGUUGUCGAUGAUGUUCUUGAUUCUUCUAGCAGUAAUAAGGAUGACUAA